GGCUGCCAGCGCGCAGUUGGUCUGUGGGCGGCCGUCUUGAAGCGGUUUUGGUGCGUCGGACGCCUGGGAGAGUAGUAGGAAGAGGAGUGAAGCCCGACGAGCAGGAAGAGCCACCGUUUCUGAGGCUGGUCUGCCCUGGACACCUGGUUACUUCUGGGGUUUUUGACUGACUGGCCAUGUCGCUGUCCCACUUGUACCGGGACGGGGAGGGCCACAUGGAUGACGACGACGAUGAGCGGGAAAACUUCGAGGUCACUGACUGGGAUCUCCAGAAUGAGUUCAACCCCAACCGGCAGCGCCACUGGCAGACCAAGGAAGAGGCCACCUAUGGGGUGUGGGCUGAGCGUGACUCAGAUGAGGAGCGGCCCAGCUUUGGGGGCAAACGGGCCCGGGACUACUCCGCCCCUGUCAGCUUCAUCAGCGCAGGGCUCAAGAAGGGGGCGGCUGAGGAAGCGGAGUUGGAAGACUCUGAUGAUGAAGAGAAGCCCGUGAGGCAGGAGGACUUCCCCAAGGAUUUCGGACCCAAAAAGCUAAAAACGGGCGGCAACUUCAAGCCCAGCCAGAAGGGCUUUGCGGGCGGAACCAAGUCCUUCGUGGACUUUGGCAGCUGGGAGAGGCACACGCGUGGCAUCGGGCAGAAGCUGCUGCAGAAGAUGGGUUAUGUGCCUGGGCGGGGCCUCGGGAAGAACGCACAAGGUAUCAUCAACCCCAUUGAAGCCAAGCAGAGGAAGGGAAAGGGCGCCGUGGGGGCCUAUGGCUCUGAGCGUGCCACUCAGUCUCUGCAGGACUUCCCCGUGGUGGACUCUGAAGAGGAGGCCGAGGAGGAGUUUCAGAAGGAGCUGAGCCAAUGGAGGAAGGACCCCAGCGGGAGCAAGAAGAAGCCCAAGUACUCCUACAAGACGGUGGAGGAGCUGAAGGCCAAGGGCAGGGUCAGCAAGAAGCUCGCUGCGCCCCAGAAGGAGCUCUCUCAGGUCAAGGUCAUCGACAUGACGGGCCGGGAGCAGAAGGUCUACUACAGCUAUAGCCAGAUCAGUCACAAGCACAGCGUGCCUGACGACGGGCCGCCCCUCUCCCAGCUGCCGCCAGGGCCCGGCAAGGAGGCCAAGGCUCCAGGCUUUGCGCUGCCCGAGCUGGAGCACAACCUGCAGCUGCUUAUCGAGCUCACGGAGCAGGAGAUCAUCCAGAGUGAUCGGCAGCUGCAGUAUGAGCGGGACAUGGUGGUGACCCUGUCGCAUGAGCUGGACAAGAUGGCGGAGGUACUGGAGCAUGAGGAGUGCGUUAUCGCCAACCUGAGCAAGGUGCUGGCCAUGGUGGAGGAGUGUGAGCGGCGCCUGCAGCCGCACUGUGCCGACCCCCUCACGCUGGACGAGUGUGCACGCGUCUUCCAGACCCUGCAGGACAAGUACCACGAGGAGUACCGGAUGUCGGACCGAGUGGACCUGGCUGUGGCCAUCGUCUACCCGCUCGUGAAGGAGUACUUCAAGGAGUGGGACCCCCUCAAGGACUGCACCUACGGCACAGAGACCAUCUCCAAGUGGAAGAGCCUCCUGGAGAACGACCAGCUCCUGUCCCAUGGCGGCCAGGAUCUCUCAGCAGACGCCUUUCACAGGCUCAUCUGGGAGGUCUGGAUGCCAUUUGUUCGAAAUAUCGUCACCCAGUGGCAGCCGAGAAACUGCGACCCGAUGGUGGACUUUCUGGAUAGCUGGGCACACAUCAUCCCCGUGUGGGUCCUGGACAACAUUCUGGACCAGCUCAUCUUCCCCAAGCUCCAGAAGGAGGUGGACAGCUGGAACCCCCUGACAGACACUGUGCCCAUCCACUCGUGGAUCCACCCGUGGCUGCCCCUCAUGCAGGCGCGGCUGGAGCCGCUCUACUCCCCCAUCCGCAGCAAGCUAUCCAGUGCCCUGCAGAAGUGGCACCCCAGUGACGCCUCAGCCAAGCUCAUCCUGCAGCCCUGGAAAGACGUCUUCACCCCCGGCUCCUGGGAGGCCUUCAUGGUCAAGAACAUUGUGCCCAAGCUGGGCAUGUGUCUCGGAGAGCUGGUCAUCAACCCCCACCAGCAGCACAUGGACGCCUUUUACUGGGUGAUGGACUGGGAGGGAAUGGUGUCCGUCUCCAGCCUCGUGGGGCUCGUGGAAAAGCACUUCUUCCCCAAGUGGCUUCAGGUGCUGUGCUCCUGGCUCAGUAACAGCCCCAAUUACGAGGAGAUCACCAAGUGGUACCUGGGCUGGAAGUCCAUGUUCUCCGACCAGGUGCUGGCCCACCCCUCGGUCAAGGACAAGUUUAACGAAGCCCUUGAUAUCAUGAACAGGGCGGUGUCCUCCAACGUUGGUGCCUACAUGCAGCCAGGAGCGAGGGAGAACAUCGCCUACCUCACGCACACAGAGCGGAGGAAGGACUUCCAGUACGAGGCCAUGCAGGAGCGCCGGGAGGCCGAGAACAUGGCCCAGCGGGGCAUUGGCGUGGCCACCAGCUCUGUGCCCAUGAGCUUCAAGGACCUCAUUGAGACCAAGGCUGAGGAGCACAACAUCGUCUUCAUGCCCGUCAUCGGGAAGCGGCACGAGGGCAAGCAGCUGUACACCUUCGGCCGUAUCGUUGUCUACAUCGACCGUGGGGUGGUGUUCGUGCAGGGCGAGAAGACCUGGGUGCCCACCUCCCUGCAGAGCCUCAUCGACAUGGCCAAGUAGGCUGCAGGCCAGCCGCACAAGGUGGGCUUGCAGGGAAUAAACAGCACCCGAAACC